CCUGAACCUGACAUCCUGAACAUCUAAACCUGACAUCCUGAACACCUGAACCUGGCAUCCUGAACACCUAAACCUGACAUCCUGAACACCUAAACCUGGCAUCCUGAACACUAAACCUGACAUCCAGAACACCCAGCUGAGCUCAGAGGUGGAGAGGGAUCCCAAAGCUCCCUGAGCAGCCCAUCACAGCUACCACAGCAACCCUCUGGGACCUCUUGGGAUCCUAAUCCUGGAAAAAAAAAACCAGCAGCAAAUUCAGUAGGACUCUGGAUUCCACACCAAAAUAAAAGCUGCUGCCAAACUUCCAGCAGAUCUCCUUUGGGACUGAGGCUGGGACUCGGCUGGAAAAGCAUCUGAAGGCAGCAAACUGUGCUGAGCAGGGGGAGCAGGGGGCACAAAGAGAUUUUCCUUGCUUGCUCCACCAAUGAUCUGUGCUUAAGGCCACGUGUGGAAGAGCACAAGAAACCUUUGCAAGCUCUGUCAGACCAAAAACAAGGAAACCCUUUUGGAUAGAUCUCCUUGAGGGAUGUCUGGCCAGGACCCUGAGGAUUUUGGAGGAGAAAUGCUGUCAGAAAAGUCCAGGAUGAUCCCUGGGCUGCCCCCCUAUGACAUGGAUGAGCAGCUCCUUCCCAGGGAGCCCCGCAGCCCCUGCUGCUGCCUGGCCUGGACCCUGCUGAUAGCAACCAUGAACUGCCUGGUUUUCCUGCUCAAUUUGCUCCUGAUGUUUGUUAUUUUCACCAUUGUGCUGCUUCCCACCAUCGUGGUGGUUUAUUUUGGCUUCCAGUGCCACUCCCAGGUGCUGCACUCCUCUGCCCGCUACUGCAAGAGCAUCCUGGACGACAACAGCUCCUCUGCCCUCAUCAUCCUGGGCUUUGUCAUCAUGUCCCCUCUGCUGGUGGUGGCCAUGGCCAUUUACUGCAGCCUGGCCCGGCGCCUGCAGCUCCUGGUGUGCUGCCAGCCCUACAGCCUGGCCCUCUACAAGGGAGGGCACUGCUGCCACCCCAGGGCUCUGUGCAGCCCCCAGCUCAAGGCUUGGGUGUGACCCUGCAGCCUCAGCAGGGUCCCCUCCCUGUGCCCCAUCCUCAUCCUCAGCCCUGCCUGUGGAGCUGUGGCUGCUCAGCUGUUCCAUCCUCUGAUAAAUCCCCCAAAAAAAUGCAGCAGGUGUGGGGAGGGCAGGGCAGCUCCAUCCUUGCAAGUCCUCUCUGGUGGUGUUCUUGUCUGUGUGUCCACCCAGAACCAUUCCCAGUUUUCUGUAGAAAUAAAGUUUGUGCCCAAUC